CCGCCAAUCACUUCCACUAAAGUUCGACCAUUUAUUAUUUCAUAGUCAAUUAGGGUUUUGCGCCAUUUUUCGUUUUUCAUAUUUAUUAUUAAAUAAUAAAUACAAAACAUAAACAAUUUUUUUGUAUUCAUUAGAAUUGUUGAAUUUGAUUCUGUGAUUUGACUGCUGCCGAGAACCGGUACUAUGUAGUACAUACUGCUUGUAGCGUACUAUUAUUAGUAUUGCGUUUUUGCGUGUUUUUUAUUUCGGAACAUGAGUGUAGAUAUUAGAUUAGGCCAUAGAAGAUAGAAUCGCCUUACAAGUUGCAAGAAGACCGUUUUGCAUUCACAGUCAACUAAUUGAGUAUUACAUACUUUCCACAAUCUAUGGACGGUUCUGUUUGGCAUUAGUGUCUCUUUCGUGUGAUUACAUUUGGAUAUUAUAAAAGACAUUAUGGUAGUGAAAAGAAAGGAUAAAGCUUCUAAUCAUGACACUCCUGGGAAAAACAAAAGGAUCAGGCAAGAAAAAGUUGGUGACUUCUCCGACGAUGAAGACCUGUCAGAUAUUGAUGAUGCAGAAGUAUUCAAUGGCAUACGCAUACCGGUUGAGUUACCUCCAAUUACAUCAGCUGAAGAAAAUCCUGGGCCUCGCAUGGUUAUUACAGAAAUUGUUGCUAAUAACUUUAAAAGUUAUUAUGGAGAAGUUACUAUUGGAAAAUUUCACAAGAGUUUAACAAGCAUUGUUGGUGCUAAUGGUAGUGGAAAAAGUAAUGUUAUUGAUUCUUUACUUUUUGUGUUUGGAUACCGAUCUUCAAAAAUUAGAUCAAAAAAAGUGUCAGUACUGUUACACAAAUCAGACAAGCAUAAAGAUGUUCGACAAUGUUCUGUUACUGUUCAUUUUGUACAUAUUCAAGAUGAUAUCACAGCACAAACUGGAUUUAUUCCUAUUCCAGGUACCGAAAUAAAAAUUACACGAACAGCAUUUAAAGACAAUUCAUCAUUUUAUACAUUAAAUGACAAACGUGUAAAAUUUAAAGAUAUAGCAAUUAUUUUAAAGAAAAAUGGAAUAGAUUUAGUUCAUAAUAGAUUUCUUAUUCUUCAGGGCGAAGUUGAACAAAUUGCUAUGAUGAAACCUAAAUCUGAAAAUGAACAUUCAACUGGUAUGUUAGAAUAUUUAGAAGAUGUUAUAGGAACUGUAAGAUACAAGAAACCAAUUACUAAACUUGAAGAAAAAGUAAAAGAUUUAUCAUUAGAAAAAAAUGAAAAAAUUACUCGUUUGAAAUUUGUUGCCAAAGAAAGAGAGGAGCUUAUAGAACCAGUAGAAGCGGUUAUUAAAUUUCUAAAAUUAGAAAACCGACUCACUCGGUUGAGUAAUAAAAAGUAUCAAAAAGAUAGAUUUGAUAUUGAAUCAACUAUAGAAUCAAAAACUGAAACUCAAAAUAAAAUAAAUGACGAAAUAAAUUCUAAUGAAAAAGAAAUCAAUACCAUUUCUAAGGAUAAGAAGCAAUUUGAAAAAAAAAUACAAGAUUUAUCUGAAAAGUUGAAAUCUGAUAACUUAAUAUUAAAAAAGAAUGAAGAAAAACAUAAGAAAUGUUUACGUAAAAAUAGUCAGUUGAAUGAUGAAUAUAAUCAGACAAAGGCGCAGAUAACUAAGUAUGAAAAUUCCAUACAACAGGAACAAAAAAAGAUAACUAAAGCUGAAGGUGUACCAAAAAUUAAAGAGGCUGAACUCAAGAAAUUGAAAUCUGAAUUACCUAUUUUGGAAGAUAAAUGCGUAGAACUGGAAGCAAAUUAUACAAAAAUAAAUUCUAGUGGCUUUGAAAAAUCAAAAAAAUUUAGGGAUGAAAAAGACCUAUUAGCUCCUGAGGAAUUAAAACUGCAGAAACUCGUUGGUAGUAAACAAAAUCAAUUUCAAACCUUAAAAACUGAGUUUGAGGUACUCAUAGAUACUGAAAAAUCUGAAAAAGAAAAAUUAACUAAUUUAGAAGAACAAAUGACAGGAGGAGUUGAAAAAUUCCAAGAAAAUAUGAGAAAAAAAGAGAAAGCAGAAGCAGAUAUACGUACAAGUAAAGAUAUAAUUAAAGAUUUAGAAACUAAAAUUAAAAAAUUGAACGAAGAUGAGAAACAGAUGAAAACUAAAUUACAAAAUAUACGUCAGAGCUUAACUGAAAAACGUACAGCUUAUGCAGAAACAACUGAACGAAGCCGACCUAUUCAAUAUAUCUUAAGUUUAAAAGAUAAAGGAGAAAUAAAUGGACUUCUUGGUAGAUGUGGUGAUUAUGGGCAGGUAGAAGGUAAAUAUGAUAUUCCUGCGUGCACAGCUUGUGGUUCUACAGAUCAGAUUGUUGUUGAAACAUCAGAUGCUGCUCAUGCAUGCAUACAGAAAUUGAGGACAAAUAAUAUUGGUCGACUGACAUUUUCAAUCAUGCCCCAAGUUCUAAAAUUGAAACCCCAUGCAGAUGCAAAUAAUAACUAUCCUGAAAAUGCAAAAAGAGUUUUUGAUUUUAUUCAGAUACUGGAUCAACGUUUCAGGCUUACAUUUUAUUCCGGUUUGUAUGAUACAUUGUUGGCUGAAGAUUUAGAACAAGCAAGAAGGAUAGCAUUUGGUACUAAAACUCGUUAUAGAGUUGUUACAUAUAAAGGAGAUUUAAUUGAUCAGUCAGGUAUCAUGUCUGGUGGUGGAAGGCCUAUUAAAGGAAAGAUUGGUCCUCAAGAAAUAAGGUCAAAAUAUGUUUCUGGAAAUUCAUCUGUGGUCAGUCAAAAUGAAGUAGAAAAUCUAGACAAAAUUGCUAAAGAUUUGGAAAUUAAAUUGAGAGAAACUCAAUCUAAUAUUUUUGAUUUCCAAGCUAACAUAGAUCAAAAUCUUAGACAAAUCGAAAAUCUAAAUAUGAUUGUUAAAGAGUGUUCAUCACGUAUAAAUGCAUGGAAAGAAAAAGAAAAUCAAUUAAAAACGAUGAUUGAAACUCAAAAGUUAACAAUCAUAAAAAAAAAAACAGAUCCAAUAGCUGUUGCUAAAAAGAAAUCAGAAAUUCAAGAAGCAGAAAAAGAAUUACAAGAGUCAAAAGUAGAGUAUGACAAGAUCAAGUCUAAAAUGGAUAGUUUGAAGAAGCAAAUUGAAGAAAUAACUGAAGGACAGCCAAAAGAAGCCAAACGUUUGUUGGAUGAAGCAACUAAAAAGUUAGAAAAUACCCGUCAUCAGAUUAAUCAAGUUGAUAUUGAUAUACAAGGUGCCCAAAGGCAAAUAAAAAAAUCAGAAAGUCAAAUUGAAACUCUGAAAGAUGAUAUUAUUGAAUGUAAGAAAAAUAUGGAAUCCUAUAAAGAAGAGUUGAAAAAAAAUGAAAUUUUACUUGAAGAAUUGAAUGAUAAGAAUAAAGAAAUUACUACAAGUAUAGAAGAACAAAAAACAAAAAUCAAGGAAAUGACAAGUGAAGAUGAUAAAAAUCUAGUCAGAACAAAUGAAUUACGCUUAGAAAAUAUCAAAUUAAAGAAUGAUCUUCACAGUAUUAAAUCAGAAAUAAAAAUAAGUGUGGAUCAACUCCAUGAUAUAAAUGAUAAGAUAUCAAAACUAAAAUUACAUAAAAUCCCAGAAAUUGAUUGUGCUCAAAGGGAUCCAGUUAUAGAAUCUUAUCAGAAUCAUGGAUCUAAGAGUCAUAAUAAAACUACUUCAGAUGAAGAUAAUGAAAAAGAAAACAAUGAAACUAAUGAAACUAAUGAAGUUAAUGAAAUGUCUCAAAAACAAGAUGAUCCUGAUAAGAUGCAAGUUGAUGAUGUAGAUGAUAUUGACUCAGAUUCUGAAGAAUUGCCUCAAUAUAGUACAGAGAAAUUAGCUCAAUGUAAUAUAGCAGAAACCAAUUCUUCCAGACUUUUAGCAAUUGAAGAAAUCCGUAAUCUUGAUAAACCAAAUUUCAAAAUACUUGACGAAUUUAAGAAAAGGACACAACAGUACAAUGAUAAAGCAAAUGAAGUGGCAGAAGUGUUGAAGUUGUAUAAUGAUCAUAUUGAAAUGAUUAAUAAAGUGCGACAACGAAGAAGGGAUGAAUUCAUGGCUUCAUUUAGGAAAAUCACUAUUAAACUGAAAGAAAUGUAUCAGAUGAUAACACUUGGUGGAGAUGCUGAACUUGAACUUGUUGAUUCAUUAGAUCCAUUUAGUGAAGGAAUCAACUUUAGUGUAAGACCACCUAAGAAAACAUGGAAAGUAAUAUCUAAUCUAUCUGGUGGUGAAAAAACAUUGUCAUCUUUAGCUCUUGUAUUUGCUCUUCAUUACUAUAAACCAUCACCAUUGUAUGUUAUGGAUGAAAUUGAUGCUGCUUUAGAUUUCAAAAAUGUAUCAAUAAUUGCGUAUUAUAUAAAGGAACGAACAAAAAAUUCUCAGUUUAUCAUAAUUUCAUUACGCUCAAACAUGUUUGAAAAAGCUAAUGUAUUAGUUGGUAUUUACAAAACAAAUGACUGUACUGCGACUUCAUCAAUUACAACAGACAAGUAUCAAGGCAUGAUGAAGGGUGCUUUGUAUAAGUAUGCUAAGAAAGUAGAUUAAUUUUAAAAGUAUGUAUGUAGUUAUUUUUGAAUAAUUUAAUUAAAAUUAUUUUUAUUUUUAAUUAUUCUUGUAUUGUGAUUGUAUCAUCCAGUUUUUUUUAUAAUUUAUAUUUUUUGUUACUUUUUUGGUAAUUUAGAAAACCAUUUAUAUAUAAAUUAUAUUGUACCCAUAAUAAUAAUAAAAAUAAAAAUCUUCAAUAGUUAUUUAAAUUUAUAUUAUUUAUGUUUUUUUUUUUAUAUAUAAAAUAAUUACUAUUUAAGUUUUCAAUAUAUUUUUUAUAACUAUUGAUAUUAAUAAAUAAUUUUUAACAGUUUUUCAACAGUUAUGUAAAUAAUAAUUUUUGUAAUUCACCUUAUUUACUAUUUGACAAGUGAUUACGGUUUAUUUUGAAAAAUAUCUCUGUCAGUAACUUCUUACUUAUAAUAAACUUAGGGCUAGGAUUCAUGUACAAUAAAAAAAUUUUAAAAUAUGAAAUUUGUCAAAUAUAUGUAAAAUAAAAACAUCAUUUACAUCAGUAACUUUAAACCGGGGUGAUAAGAAAAAUCAAUGAGAAAAGGAAAAAAAAUUUUUUUGAAAAAAUCAUGUUAUUAUAUUAAUAAUUAACUAUUUUAUUAUAUUUAUUAUUAUAUUUAUAUUAAUAUCAACAUUUUGAAUGUUUUUAA